ACGACGUCCCAACCGCCCAAUCGGCAGGCUGUUUGUAAGACCGCGAGCAGGAGGCGGGACUUGUAGCUCAACAGCCAAUCCCGAUUAGUGUACGUCACACGUAGAGCUCACGUAUGGACGAAAAACCCGGAAAUGAGUGUGUGUGUUUUCUCCACCAUGCUGUAGUGUUCGCGUGCCCUGAGGAAACCCCAGAGUGUGUGUGUUUACAGUUAGAGUGCAGUGUUAAAGUGUGUGUGUGUGUGUGUGAGAGAGAGAGAGAGAGAGAGAGAGAGAGCAGGAUGAGCGGUGUGUGUAAAGAAGUGCUCACUCUACAGAUCGGACAUUAUUCCAACUUUGUGGGGACACACUGGUGGAACCUGCAGGAUGCGUCUCUGUGUUAUGACCCUGACGUCCCGCUGGAUGAGUUGCAGAGUGAUGUGCUGUUCAGAGAAGGUCUCUCCCUGGGAGGACACGUCACCUACACACCCCGCCUCAUUGCCCUCGACCUGAAAGGAAGUCUGCAGACUCUGAAACAGGAAGGCUGUCUGUACGCCACCAAGCAUGACAACACCACCUUCACAUGGCAGGGUGAUAUAGUCACUCAUGCAGAAGCUCCUGCAGAUAGAAACCCAUUCCUUCAGGACCUUGACAGGCUGGAUACAGGGGAGUUGUUAGCAGCGCCAGACUUCACCAAUCCAGCUUAUCCGGCUGAAUACUUAGGAAAGGCUGUUGCCAUGGAGACAGUGAACAGCAGUUUGGAGCGAAUGCAGCGAUCCUAUAGGCUGGAGGGCAGUGUGAGGGUGUGGUCAGACUUCCUGAGGCUCCACCUCCAUCCUCGUACCAUAUCCAUCAUCAAUCAGUACAACCAUGAUGGCGAGGUGGCGCGGUUGGAGGUGUUUGGUCAGGGUGAGGUGCUGUUACAGGGCUCUGUAUUGGAGGAGCUGGAAGAUAGGCUGCAUUUUUUCAUAGAGGAGUGUGACUACCUGCAGGGGUUCCAGGUGCUGUGCGAUAUGGCUAAUGGUUUCUCAGGUUUGGGGUCAAAGGUCACAGAGCUGCUGCAGGACUCCUACAGUGGGCGGGGCAUCCUGACGUGGGGCAUGGCUCCUGUCAGUCACCCUGAUUCAAGUCCGAUUAAGGAGGUGCAUCACAUGAUGAACUGUGCUCUGGGAAUGGUGCACAUGGCACAUCACAGUUCGAUGUUCUGCCCUUUGACCCUGAGGGGCGGGCUAGGGAGACGUCCGGCUCCGCCCACCACUUUCCCUCUCCUCAGUUAUGACCCGUCUCUGUGGUAUCACAGCAGCUCUGUGUUAGCUCUAGCUCUGGACACGCUGACUGUCCCCUACAGGCUCAGACAGAACAGCGCCCCCAUGUGGCAGCUGGCGGACGCGCUCACUGUCUCAGGCAGGAAGGUUGUGUGCGCUUACGGGUCUGUUCCAUUUCCCAUGAUGCAAGGCAGCUGCCUUCCUGACGUGCUAAACGCCUGUGGUGACACAUUACCAUGGAAACCUCUAUCAGGUUGCCCUGAGCUGGCCGACGGGCGAUGUUUCGGCCAAUCGGUGACACUCCGGGGGCUGGAGGGACAGAGCAGUGUGAGUUCUCUGGUUCCUGGAACAGAACAUCCCUCCAAUCUACACUGUGCUCAGUCAGGAGAAGAAAUACUGAACACACACCUGAUAACACGCUACCCGUCUACACCACUAGCAGUACAGUUGCUCUCCUCUCCUAGUAAACUGACCCCGCCCUUCCCUCAGAUCUUCAGCCCAAAACUCGACCCUCAAGGUUUAAUACGGAGCCAAACGUCCACAACGGAGGCUCCCCUGCCGGUUUUGUCUCUUCCCGUGUUGUCGAGUUUGCAGUCCAGCUCAUCGGUGUCUCGUUUCCUAGCCGAGCUUCAGAAGUCCUGCAGCGCCAUCGAUUUACGUCGAGUUUCUCCCACUUUCCUUUCUCACAGCGACCAGUCUGAAAUCGCAGAGAACCUUGAGCAGCUUUGGACGCUUGCGCACUGUUACCGUGACGACAGUGGUGGCACAGUGCGCUCUUCCUCUGAAGAUGAUGAUGAUUAGCUCUGUGUAAACAAUCCAAGAGCAACAAGAUAACAUUUCUUCAAAUUAAAUCAGUUCUGCACUGAAUCAUGGCACAGCUAAGAAAUAAAGAUGGAAGGACUAGAUUAGAUAGUGGGUGGUAUUGAUGGUGAGAUGGAUUAGCUGCUAAGAAAGAGAUGGAGGAAAAGUAGUGUAGAGGAAGGAUGGUGGAAAUGGAGGAUAAUGAAGAAUGUAGCACCGUCUGGGUUUAAAAUCACCCCAUAUUUAGCAUCUUGGGGACAAAACUGUAGGGUAAAAGGGUGCUUAGGACUGAUAUUCUCAAGUAAAGAAAACAGCAUGUGUGUUAGUCGAGAAUAAAACAUUUAUUGACCGAUAAAACCUCACUAUUGUGGUUCAUGAGUGUGCUCCAUAACCAAGCUAGUUUUUAUUUAAAGAAAACCUGCUCCUUCAAAUAUUGACUGACCUUAUAAAAACAAAAUGUAUAAUUAAAAAAAAAAGGUUUUUUGUAUAUAGCUUUGUAUGAACAUAAAACGGUUGUGAAUGGCAUAAAACAUUUAUUAAUAAACAGUAUUACGGUCAAAUUCAUUUGAAGAUGGAAGAGUAUUUGAUGGAAGAACUAUCCAGCCUGAUUGCCAAAGGGAGUCAAAAUGGUCUUUUUGGUUUAAGUUUAAAAGAGAAAAAAACUAGAUACAGAUGAAACAUUCUAAACAGGUUUUUUUUUUUUUUUUUUCUUUUAAAUGAAUAAAUAUUAAAAAAAGCUCUUGUGUUUCUGGUUAAUUUUCAUCAUUUCAGAUUAAUUUGGAGCUAAAACUAAUGAGCAAUCUUGAAUGGCCAUGAUGUGUAAUAGCAGUGACUGGGUAGAUAUGGAUCACUACAUGUUUCUAUAAAAAAUAACAACACAAUCUUUUAUGAAAACAGAAUAACCUUCCAAAAUUAUACCAGAGAAUUUGGAUUCACAAAUAUGUUUCCUAGACUUUGGUGUUGAAACAAGCAGAAACUUUUAAAGGGAACCCUGUCUAUGAAGACUUGGAUGGCUUAUUAGAUUAACUCUGACAUCCGCUAUAUAACUCCGCUAUAUAAAAACACUCUAGAUGUCAGAAAAAAACAUCCUUGCACUCUUAGGCCGCCAUUGCUGUUUACAUCACAAUUCAUUCUGGGUAGCGACAUCAAUUGGUUGCAACGGUCUCGAUUCUCCAGCGACCCUACAGCGAAAUAAACAUGUCUUUAGCCUUUUCGAUUUGAACCCGAGUGUAACAUAAGCGUGGAGGCUAAUAUAGAAGAUAUUACUUAAAAUGUCCAUCCAAAUGAAGACGAUCAGAGAGGUGAGGAGGCGAGAGUGGGGCAAAAUCCAUGGUGUCUGUGUAGCAACUGCACGUCUAUGCCAACCGAGAGUGUUUGUUGUUCAAGGGAAGCACAUGGAUUAAACUAUCGUUUUAUGAAACGUAUUCUAACAUCAAUAAUUUUAGAGAUUAUCAGCCAUCUUGCCGAGGCAACUCCCCUCAUAGUAAUCCACUGAUCAAUAACAUCCUGACAAAAACAGUCUUGUUACACUGGCAAAGGUCCAAACAAUCCAAUUAUGUAAAAAUAUUUAAUCCGCCUUUCAAGAGACCAAAACCAUGCGUGUACUCCAAAUGGUUCAAGAACAGCUUUAAUUUUACUUUGGGUAUGCCUUGGCUAGGUGUUUUAGGCUAAUUUUACUGGAGCUUUAUGUUAUGAAUGUACAGAAAAAAACACACUAACAAGAUGCUUACGGGUUUGAUUAUAUUUACAGAUAUCCCCUGUAUCACAGCACACAAGAACUAGAACAUUACAGCCAAAAGCAGCACAACCAUUUUGAGAGCACUGCGUAUGUCACGUAAUGGCGGCCUCUGUAGGUUAAAAUGUGUAUUAAAUAUUAAGGAUUUUUAAAGUAAUGAACAUCUCAUGUGUUUAUGAUGUCGUGGAUAAAUCAAGCUUUUCAGCCUAAGUCAAAAACUUCAGAGACAGAGAGUUUAGUAGAUGUGAAAAAGUAAAUAAACUUUAUUGAAACAAUAAAGUGUGACAGUCUGCAGAAAGUCCAAAUUAUUCAAACACACACAGCCCUUUUUCUACCUUCCUACACAGUGUAGUCAUUGUAGGCGGAGUUAUGCCUUUCCUCAUAAAAACAGACCAAUCUUCUUCACCACAAUUAAAUAUCCAUGUCUAUAUUUUAUUUUAAAUUUGUGGAGCAUGUGCAGUUAGUUGUUUUUUUCUCAAAAUGAUUUCAGAAGGUCAUGGUUUCUUCUUUUUUAAAAAAGGUUUCCCACA